UACUUAGUAUGGCUUGGCUGCGCAUAAUCACCAUGUACCUAUAUUUCAUUCAGGCGAUAGUUAUUACGGACGGAGAGAGGAUCUUAGGUCUUGGUGAUCUAGGCUCUAAUGGAAUGAGUGUUCCUGUCGGAAAAGUCUCUCUUUACACUGCCUUAGCUGGUAUCAGACCUCAUUACUGCCUUCCAAUCACCGUGGAUGUUGGCACCAACAACACAAAUUUGCUACAGAAUGACUACUAUCCUGGCCUUCAACAUGAGCGAGUCACUGGAGAAGAAUAUGAUGCGUUCAUGGACGAGGUUAUGGAGGCCAUUGCUAUAUGCUAUGGGCCUAAUGUAUGUAUACAUUUUGAAGAUUUUGCUACAGACAAUGCCUUUCGACUCCUGAAUAAAUAUCGUAACCAGUAUAUUACAUUUAAUGGCGAUAUCCAAGCCUCUGGCGCAACAAUUCUUGCUGGGAUACUUGCCAGCUCUGGCCUCACGAAUAUAAAGUUCCCUAACAAUACUUUUCUUAUACACGGUUCUGGCCAAGUGAAUUAUUUUUAUCUUAUUCAAUUACUAGGUGCUCUUGGCAUUGCUCAUUUUUUGACGCAAGAACUUAUCCAGGAUUAUGGAUUUUCUGAAGAAGAAGCCCUGAAGAAGAUUUAUUUAAUGGAUUCCUCCGGCCUGGUUGUGAAGGAUCGAGUUAAAAAUAAGGCUGAAGGACUCAAAGCGCUGUACGCACGUUCGGACUUAGGGCCGAUGAAUUACUUGAAUGAAGUUGUUCGCGCUGUUCGGCCAACUGUUCUAAUUGGUGUGUCUGCUCAACCAGGAGCAUUCUCGCGAGAGAUUCUUCGCGAAAUGGGAGCAAUAAAUAAGCGACCUCUGAUUUUUGCAAUGAGUAAUCCUACCGAUAGAGCUGAAUGUACCGCUGAAAUGGCUUACAAAGCAACUGAGUGUCGUUCUAUAUUUGUCAGCGGUUCCCCUUUUCCUUCCGUUCGCACUCCUGAUGGUCAGGAAUAUUAUCCCAGUCAGGGCAACAGCUGUUAUAUCUUUCCUGGUCUGGCUCUAGCACUAACCUGCACCGGUAUUCGACCUGUCAGCGACCAAGUUUUCUUACGAGCCGCAAAGACUUUAGCGAGUCUUGUCACUGAUGAGCAUCUUUCUCAAGGCAGAAUCUAUCCUCCAUUAUCCGAUCUGGGGAAGGUUUCACUGAAAAUUGCCAUCGCUCUUGCUGAGGAUGCAUUUAAAUCUGGAACUGCCUCCUACCAUCCGGAGCCUAAGGAUAAGGCUUCCUUCAUCAAGCGUAAAAUGUACAACUUUGGCUAUCUCGACUUUACCCCUGAAUGUUAUUCCUUUCCUUCCUUUCCUGAUGCCAGUUAG